GGAUAGCUAAUCUUUGGGCUGACUUGGUUGACAUUGGUAUAUAGUCUAUGUUAUACUGUUAAAUAACAAGCCUUCUAUUAUCUAUAUUCUAGUUAAUACGUGUGCUUGGGAGUCCUUGCAAUUUGAAUAAACCAAGAUCUUACCAUGACUGCAAUUUUAGAGAGACGCGAAAGUACAAGCCUGUGGGGUCGCUUCUGCAACUGGAUAACUAGCACUGAAAAUCGUCUUUACAUCGGAUGGUUCGGUGUUUUGAUGAUCCCUACCUUAUUGACCGCAACUUCUGUAUUUAUUAUCGCCUUCAUCGCUGCCCCUCCAGUAGAUAUUGAUGGUAUUCGUGAGCCUGUUUCUGGUUCUUUACUUUAUGGAAACAAUAUUAUCUCUGGUGCUAUUAUCCCUACUUCUGCGGCGAUCGGAUUGCACUUUUACCCAAUUUGGGAAGCUGCAUCUGUUGAUGAGUGGUUAUACAAUGGUGGUCCUUAUGAGCUAAUUGUUCUACACUUCUUACUUGGUGUAGCUUGUUAUAUGGGUCGUGAGUGGGAACUUAGUUUCCGUCUGGGUAUGCGUCCUUGGAUUGCUGUUGCAUAUUCAGCUCCUGUUGCAGCUGCUACAGCUGUUUUCUUGAUUUACCCUAUUGGUCAAGGAAGCUUUUCUGAUGGUAUGCCUUUAGGAAUCUCUGGUACUUUCAACUUUAUGAUUGUAUUCCAGGCAGAGCACAACAUCCUUAUGCAUCCAUUCCACAUGUUAGGUGUAGCUGGAAAUAAUUAG